AUGGAUCCAUGUCAAUGUGGGGAGAGUGGAGUGGAGUCUCUGGCUAUGGAGAGCGACAGGUCAAAGGAUAAAUCCUAUAACUUUAAAAGAGAAAUCUGGAACCCUGAUCUGAGUCUGCUGACUGAGGAUCUGUUCAGAUGCUCUGUGUGUUCAGAGGUGCUGAGGGACCCGGUCUCCAUUCCCUGUGGACACAGUUACUGCAUGCAGUGCAUCAGCACAUACUGGGUCCAGCCCGGCCCUGCAGGAGACUAUGUGUGUCUCCAGUGCAGUAAGAGAUCCAGAGUCCGGCCUGUGCUCUGCACUAACACAGCCUUGGCCAGGUUGCUCCAGGGGCUCCAGCAGGCAGGCUUCAGUCCUGCCCUCCCUGCUCUGGGCUACGCUGUUCCUGGGGACGUGGCCUGUGAUAUCUGCUCUGGACAGAAGCUCAGAGCGGUGAAGUCCUGUCUGACCUGCACUGUUUCCAACUGUGAGAGCCACGUCAGGCAGCACUACACUGUCCCAGCACUGCAGAGACACACCCUGGUUGAGAUCACUGGGGACGGGGGACACAAAGGCCACCAAGGCAACGCUGAGAGGGUUAAGGAGACUGAAACUGACGAGGAGAAUGGGCAGGGUGGUUGUAAAAACAUUAAGAUGGACGUUAAAGAGGAGGAAAAAGAUUGUGAUGAAGACAUUUCUGAUCUAAAAAAUAAGAACUUUGAGCUGAAGAAGGAGAACUUUGAGCUGAAGAAGGAGAACUUUGAGCUGAAGAAGAAAAUCUCUGAGCUUAAACAUGAUGUUCGUGAACUCAGUAAGGAGAAUGCUGCGUUAAAACAAGAGGCAACAUUUGAGUAA